AUGUCAUUUCCAUUGUUCCAAGAACUUGAAGGUGACAUUCACAGCAUUAUUGAAAUCAAUGAAGGGUUGGAUCUAUUUGAUGGAGACAUAGUGGAGAGCCAUUCAAGGAGCUCUAUUUUGAGGGAUGAUGCCAGGUGGGCCAGUUCUGUCCCCUAUCUGCUGGGAGAUACUCUUGAUGUACAUUACAAAGGCAUUAUUCUGAGGGCCUUUGAACAGUUUGGGUUGAAAUCGUGCAUCAACUUCACCCCAUGGCAAAAUGAAGAAUACUUCAUCAAACUCCAGAAAUUUAGAGGGUGUUAUUCUAGUGUAGGCAAAGUUACUCCAGGAGGACAGACUGUUUCCAUUGGGCGUGGCUGUGCAGUAGUACAUAUCGUGGAACAUGAGCUUCUUCAUGCCCUGGGCUUCUAUCACGAGCAGUCCAGAUAUGAUCGGGAUGACCAUGUCACAGUAAUCUGGGAAAACAUCAAAGAAGGGUUUGAACGCAAUUUCAAUAAAGUCAGUGAGGAUUCCUCUAGCCUUCUCAACACUUCAUAUGACUACACAUCUGUAAUGCACUAUAGUGCAGACACCUUCACUAAUGGAAAUGGAUCCACCAUCCUCACAAAGCAGCCAGAGUUUCAAGAUGUGAUUGGCAAAAGCGUAGAAAUGAGCUCAACAGACACACUGGAACUCAACAGGCUUUAUCACUGCAAUGCAUCAGUCUCUUUCCUGGACCACUGCAGCUUCGAUGAUGACAGCAUGUGUGGAAUGAGCGUCUGCUCCAAGAGUUCAGCUGGAUGGGAGCGGGAGGGACGAGCUGACGGAGGUCCCCACUCUGACCACACCCUUUUGGGCACUCACUCUCAGGGCAGCGGCUUCUUCAUGCACUUCAGCACCAUGACAGGAGAAGUGGGGGAUUCAGCCAGACUGACCACCAGGAGGAUGACUCCUGGUAGAUCAUGCCAGGUCCAGUGCCUUCAGUUCUACUACUACUACAGCGGGACUAAAACGGACCUGCUCAACAUCUAUAUCAGAGAGUUUGACAGCGAGGAGGACGCAGAAGGAACACGCAGACUCAUGGGUCAGAUCACAGGUUCUCCGGCUAAUUACUGGCAGAUCCACAAUGUUCCCCUGAAUGCCACUAAGACUUUCCAGGUGGAGUUUGAGGCCUACAAAGGAACAGGGCAGUCCAGCGGUGGCUUCUCUGUGGACGACAUCAACCUGUCAGAAACGGAAUGCCCCCAUCAGAUAUGGCAGAUCAGGAACUUUGAGGAAUUCUUGAACAACAGUGAGCCCCAACUUUAUAGCCCAAGGUACUACUCAACAGAUGGUUAUGGCUUUCAGAUCCUUCUCCAGCAGACUCAAGCAGCUAUAGGCCUGUUUGUACGGCUUGUGUCUGGAGACCAUGAUGACAAACUGGAGUGGCCACUAGCGUGGAGGCAGAUUACGUUUCUGAUGCUGGACCAGAAUCCUCACGUGCAGCUGCGCAUGUCCAAGCAGAGGAGCUUAACCACAGACCCAACAGUGAUGAUCAAUGAUAAGGAUUUCUAUUGGGGAAACCCUCGAGAGGUUGGAUCUCUAAUCGAACAGGAUGGAGAGACCUUUUUUGCUUCCUAUACUGUUGGAAUAUUAUAUUUCAUGACCCUGGAAGACCUUCGGAAGAGAGACUUCCUGAAAGGAGGCGAUGCCAUCUUCUCCUUCACCAUGCAAGGUGUGCCCCUUCUUAAAACACAUAUUGCAUGA